AUGUUAAAUCUCUUCAUAAUAAUUGUACUGAUUGUCGCACUGACAUUCGACUACGUCACCAAAUUCUUCAGUUACUGGUAUGUUAGGCUCAUACCCAACAAUACGCCUAUUCCCUUCUUCGGUACCGAUUACUACCGAGUUUUGGGAAUCAGAAGCAAUACGGAAGAAGUGAACGCACUUUACGCACAAUAUCCAAAGGAAAAGUUUGUCGGUGCCAUCAAGAGUCGAAUACCCGACCUCGUUGUUAAGGACCCGGAUGCCGUAAAGACGAUUCUGUCUACCGACUUCGCAGAUUUCUGUCGUAGAGGCCACAGCUUGGACAAAUCUCGGGAUGUUUGUAUGAGAAACAAUUUGUUUUACGCCGAAGGUGAAACGUGGACCUUACUGCACAACAGUGUAGAGUCCAUUUUCAACGAUAUGAAAUAUGACUUUGAAGAAAGUUUGCAUGACCGUUUAUCCGGAACAAACGGAGAUACAAAUGUUCAACAGUUAUUGUCAAAGGUAUUGGAUUGCGUUUUUAAGGAUAUUCUAUUGGAUGGGAGAUCGGAUGAAACAUUGAUAACAUGUGUCAGAACGGCCGCACAACGAAGAACUUUUAUGGAGAAACUGAAGACUUAUUUGAAGCACGUUUUUCCCUCACUCUUUGUAUUAUUCGGCAUGACAACAAUACCGGGCGAGCCAUCAUCCAAAACAAAGAGGGAGCUAGAAAAAUCCAAAAUUUUGAACAAAAUAAGAAACUCCAACAUCUAUCCGUUGAGAUCAAACGAUAAACACAAGGGGUCUUCGAAUGAUAUUGAGUUCGCUUUCGGAAUAUUAGCUACUUUCAUAACGGAAGGUUACAUACCAUGUUUGAAUCUUUUAACGGCAUUGUUCUAUGACUUGGCUACAAACCCAGAAACGCAGAGUAAAGCGCGCUUAAACGACGAGUAUUUGAACGCUGCGAUUAAAGAAACACUAAGGUUGCAUCCUCCAUACUCUGUAAUUUCUAGACAGUGUGUUAAAAUGUACCAUUACCCGGACAGUAAGUUGGUUAUGGAUAAGAAUGUCACCGUGAAUGUGCCCGUUGAAUCUAUUCAUCGCGACGAGAAGUAUUACAAGAACGCUGAGACAUAUAAUCCCGAAAGAUUCUUAGGUGGAGAGAAUUUGUCGCAUAGCUUUGCAUAUUUGCCUUUUGGAGCCGGUCCAAGGAAAUGCUUGGGUGAACAAUUGGCAUUACAAAUAGCCCGGAGCGUUACAAGAGCAGUGUUAAAUAAUAACGAAAUAGAACCCACUAGAGAAACACCGGUGAAACUGAAUAUGGUAGACCAUAAUUUCAGCAGGAUGGUCAGCGAAGACGUUUGGUUAAGAUUCAAGCCGAUCAAUGCAAUGACAAAAUAA